GGGAGAAGGAUUUGCCGGGGUGGACAUAUUUGUGUGCACAAAUGACCCAAAAGCAGAGCCACCGUUGAUGGUGGUGAACAAGGUGUUGUCAGUGAUGGCUUAUGACUACCCUCCACACAAGCUUAGCGUGUACCUUUCUGACGAUGGUGCUUCGGAGUUGACAUUUUAUGCUCUGUUAGAGGCCUCUGAAUUCUCAAAGAAAUGGCUUCCUUUCUGUAACAAGUUCAAAAUAGAACCCAGAUCUCUUGAGGCUUAUUUGACCAACAAUGAAGCUUCUCAACCACUCGAUGAUCAUCAUGGUCAAUGGACCUCCAUCAAGAGAUUAUAUGAAGACAUGAAGACAAGAAUUAAAAGUGCUACAAAAGUUGGCAAAAUUUCAGAAAUGUUACGAAGAACACACAAGGGGUUUCUUGAGUGGGACUCGGUUUCAAGGCAUUACCAUUUACCUAUUCAUACAUAUUAAUUAAUAUCCUACUACCAUUAUAAUUCUGAUGGUAUUAAUGCUCUACUUACUAAAAGUAGAAAUUAGGAUCUUGAUCAUUAAAUCCUGUAAAAGUAACCAUCUAUGAUUAAGGUUAAAUAACAAGUAACUAUAUUAUGUAUGUAAGAAUGCUCAUUCCUUUCCCAUGCAUAUAUGCUUUGUACAUAUUAUUAUCGAUGGAACAUGGAAGAGAUCCCAAGGCUGUGGACAUUGAUGGGCAUGCUUUGCCAACUUUGGUA